GUUGAAGAACUGUGAAGGAGAGGAAGCUCAUGGACCAUGUGGACCAAGAUGGCGUUAUCAUCGCGUUUGUUUUUGUGCGGUCGCUUUGGCCGAUUCGCAGAUGCCGUCUUGCUCAUUAACAAACAGCCUACAGUUCCGCUUACUUGCAGAUGUUAUGUUGCCGUCAGUCAAAGAAAUCAGUUGCAGUUCAAACUGGAUGAACGUACAGCCCACAGCAGCCUCGAUCUCUUCAAGAAAGACACUGGUGUGAUUUACCGAAUGCUGGGUCUAGACCCAAGUCAUGUCCAGGAUUCCCCUCUGCGAUUUCGGGACUGGGCCGUCGUCUUUGCUGACAGUCGUGUCGACUCUGGAUGUCACUACUGGGAAGUCACGGUUAAAAAGUCACAGGAGUUUCGCAUUGGUGUUGCAGAAGCGUCUAUGUCUCGUGAUGAGUGCAUAGGCACAAACUCCUCCUCAUGGGUCUUCUCCUACAUGCACAGUAAGUGGUAUGCCAUGACCACCAACAAGCAGGUGCCUGUGUCGCUGGUGGGGAAGCCAGAUCGAGUGGGCCUGCUCUUGGACUUUGAGGCUGGCAAGCUCAGUUUAGUAGAUCCCCAGAUUUCAAAAGUGGUGCACUCGCUAAAGACUCAUUUCCCCUCGCCGAUCUGCCCAGCUUUUGCACUGUGGGAUGGUGAAAUACUCACACACUCUGGGUUGGAGGUGCCAUCAGAGCUUAAAUAGAGUUCACACAUGCUUCCUUUAAACUUUUUUUGGAUUAGAAAAGCAAUAAGCAGUGUAUGAGUCCCAAGUGAAAAGCAGUACAUUGUGUCCCUGGAAUAUUAGCUGAGAUACUAAGCAGAAUGUUUAGUUAAAUCACUGCAUAAACCAUGUUGGGAUAAAAUGUUGAUGAGCCAUGGGACUGUGCAUAUAAAUGAAACAUUAUUUAAAACAUUAAUAAUACAUGUAACAUGUAUCAACAUUUAUAUGCUGUUAUAUGAUGGGUUCAAUAAAUCUGUUAUGUCUUCUACUGAUUCCUGAAGAUAAAUAUAUGGCAGUGUGCAUGCCUUGUCUUUAUACAUGCAAUCUCUGUGUGCAUUUUCAUAUGUAUGUGUUCAAUAAAAGAGACUGUUUAGCAGUAA